AUGGGCAUUUUGAAGCUGCCAGUGGUUCUCAUUGUGCUCUUCAUUGCGUUAAACCAUCUGGAAGGUGGUGGUAAACCCACUAAAAGUCAUCAGAUGGAAAAGCGGAAAUGCGGCACUGCCACUUGCGCGACUCAACGCCUGGCAAAUUUUCUAGCUCCAUCCGGCAACAAACUUGGCGCCAUUUUCUCACCUACGAAGGUGGGAUCCAAUGCACACGGCAAGAGGAAAAAAGUUGAGAUCUUAAAGAGAGAGCCACUGAGUUACUUAGCCAUUUAG